AUGUGCAAGAAGGUGUCCGAGCCCGAGGCCGCGCCUAAGGGACCUAAUGGUGGAGGUGGUGGAGGUCCUGCUGGGCGCACCGACAGCCCACCAGAGCCCGUCAGCCUGCCCAUCAGGGACGACUAUGAACGCCGGCUGAGGCUAGCCAUGGAGAGACGCCGAGAGUACAACGACUUCCUGAGCAGGAAAGAGGCCGAGGAGGAAGCGAAACGGCUCAGGAGGCGGAAACACUGCAGGCGAGCCACGUCACAUCUGGAACACCUCAGACCGCCAGCCGUACAAAACAAGUCCCAGCCAAUGCCGCCUAAGGAGCAGAGCGACAACCGCAAGUCGAGGGCGGACCACGCGGUCAGUGCCGACGCUAACCACACGGGGUCAAUUCUACCGGCCAUCAACGGUCAGUCGUCUGCGUCUGGCGCCAAAAACGACAAGGAUGGACGACGCUCACGGCUGUGCAAUGGAACGAAAAACGGAGAGCUCGCUGUGGUGGCCACGCUGAAGGAAGAAACUGCCAAGCUCAAGGAGGAAAGGGAAGAGUUCGCCAAACUAGUGAGUAGCUUGAAGGAAGUGAUGUCCGAAGUUCAGAAGCCCUCCACCAGAGCGGUGUUGACUGCCUGCCUGUCAAGGUACGAUAUUUAUUUGUGUAUCUUCAUUCGUAAGUUUUGCAAUGUGUAUGGAGGCUAUGAUGCCAACGAGUGCAAGUGGCGGUAG